AUGAAGAGGAGAUUCAAUCGGCGCCCUCUGCCUUCGCCUCAGGCGCUUGACAUGAUGUCUCGCGCUUUAAAAGACCUCCAGAAAACCAUUGCCACAUCUGGCUCGCGAGACGUUCCUGAAGUGGCCUUGGAGGAUGUCCGAAAGGCCUGCCUUGAAGUUGAGAAUUCUCUCGCAGCACGCGGUCUUCUUCGUAAUACCAGACGCCUACGCCGUCUCUUCGCCGGCCUAGAACAUUAUGGAAGAUCAAUCGACGUUCUCUGCAACGGAACUCAAUAUCUGUCCUGGAUAUGGUCACCUAUCACCGUGGUGCUUCGGAUGGCGUCCGACUGUGUCAAAGCCUUUGAGGUCAUUAUGAAGGCCUACACCAAAGUUGGAGAUACACUGUGUCGAUUCCAGCUAUUGCAGAACACCUUUUCGGAAGACCACAGGUUUCAAGAGCUCCUGGCCGUGUUUUACUCCGACAUUCUUCGGUUUCACGGCUUCGCAUACAAGUUCGCUCAACGAAGUAAUUGGGAGGUGUUCCUCUUGACCACCUGUGGUCGUUUUGAGAGACGAUUCGGGAACAUCAUCGAAAACCUCGAGCGACACGCCGAACUGAUUGAUAAAGAGGGCAAUGUCCUCAACAUUUCUGAGACGCAAGCAACCUUGAGAAAGCUCCUAUCUCAGCAACAAGAAAAUCUCAAGCAAAUCGAGGCCGAAGAGAAGCGAGAUUCAACAAGGCAGUAUUUUGAUAUCUUGUCACGACUCCAGAUAGACGAGCGGGAUCAGGUGGCAAUUUUCGACACCCUCUCGGAAUCUCUCCGGUUCGGCGGGACGUGUGGAUGGGCCCUCCAACACGAGGAUAUCUCGUCCUGGUUAGAUUCAAAAGGUCGCGUCCAAUCACUUUGGUUGCAUGGAUCGGCUGGAACAGGGAAGAGUGUGUUAUCAGCACACCUGAUCGCCUUUAUGAAAUCUACUGGCAGCUCUCGCGCCAUCUAUCACUUCUGCAGUGACCAGUACGUCGAAUCAACGAAGUACGACCAGAUCCUCCGGUCUAUAAUACGACAGCUACUCCAGGUCAGCGAUGAGGCCACGGCGCAUGCUCACACCACACUCCUCAAAGAUCGAAAAGUCCCCUCGCUAUCGGAGCUCGAGAGGCUUGUUGAAGAGCUUCUUGUUAUUAUUUUGGAUGAAUCGCCCGAGGCCGGGACUCCCUGGGUUGUCGUGGAUGGAGUCGACGAGUGUGAACCCGACAAGCUUCCUCAACUGGAGCUAGGCAUUGGAACGAACGAGUUGGAAGAGAUCAAGGAUGAUGUUGUGCGAAAAGCCGACGGCAUGUUUCUUUACGCCAGGCUGAUCCUUGACUAUCUUGGUUCGCAGCUGCCCCGGAACAAAGAUCAUCUCAGGGCAAAACUUUCUCGCCUGCCUAAGACACUCCAGGAAUUCUAUUCUAAACUUCUGGGUCAGAUCAUUUCUCACAGGGACGAUGACUCGCGUGAGAUAGUGAAGAGUAUUUUUCGAUGGGUAGCAUUCGCUAAGAGGCCUCUGCGUCAACUCGAGUUCCUGUCGGCAGUCACCUUCAGCGACGGUAACCCAGAUGUUUGCGCCUUGGUUCCAAAGUUCAUCCUAGAAGAAUGUGGCAACCUUAUUGAAGUGAGGCAUGAUAAAACGAUAUGUUUUAUCCAUGGAUCCGUGAAAGAGUUCCUCACGACGUCGGAUACAGGCUUCGCCAUUACGGAAGAAGAGGCGACGGAGGAGCAAGCCAUAGCUUCGGUUGCUUGCCUAGUCUCCGCGUCUCGAUGCUUUCACCAUUCUGGCGAUGCACACGAGAGACGGGUUCGCGUCGUCAAAGGUCUUUACGGCCUAGUCAUAUACUCUUCUGAGCAUUGGGUGGAAUACACCCUCUCCAUGACCGCCCAGAAUGAUUCGAAACGCUGCAGGUAUUUCGACAUUGUUAAGAUUUUAAUGACCGAGCUUGAGCGGCUGGGAUGGGGUGCAGACAUAGACCUACACUGUUUCGAACCGGGGGUAGAUGCUUGUGAUCCCAGACUAGACUUGCUCCAUGAGCACCCACUGCUUCAGCGUCUCCUUCAGUAUACAAUGACCCGCAGAUCACAUGCUGGCUUGGAAGAAAGCAUCGUCAAUAGAGGUAGCAUCGACGAAGUACCAACUCGAAAGAAGAGUCCAGACAUGAUCUCUCGAAUCCUGGAGGCUUACCAAGAAACGAUACGUUGGCUUCUUCGCGAGGAUGAUUACCCCGGUGUCCUGGCCGAGGACCUUGAAUCUUUCAAGGCCCAAUUCCAUAGCUCGACAUUCACCUGCCGGCUGCGCUCCUGCCCCCGAGCCACAAUUGGGUUUGAAAGCGAAAAGCUGCUCAAGGAGCAUGAAUGGGCUCACUCGGCGGGACCAAGAUGCAGCUUUCCUAGAUGCCAAUACCCGCCAUUUGCCAACAGCCAAGCGUUGAAACGUCAUGUGGAGAAGCACCACACUCCAGCCCAGACAAUGGAUUACUCUAACCCGAUGACUACGAGCAAUGUCCUUGAUGACUUUGACCCCGACCCCGACCCCUUCCUCCGUGAAGAGGAGAAUGAUUCGGGCCCCGAUUUGUUUCAGUCGAUUUCGGUCGGAACUCCACCUCAGUAG